AUGUGCAAGAAAAUCCAUUGUGGGCUGAAGGUCAUUUUCAGCAUGCGCCAGGAUGACACAAUCGUCGGUGGCCUGGAGAUCAGAGCCUGGAUCCGGCCAUGCAGGGAAGAGAAUCUUUCAACAGAGGAGCCUCACAUGGUGCCACAGCUCAUGUCGCAGGUGGGCAGGCUGCUGGCUGGCCGGGCAGAGCGGGAUGUCAGGAUACCCUCCAUCUCCGUCAGCCCCAGGGGGGUGAUCGCCCCGGGGGCAGCCGUCACCCUCCGCUGUCGGUGUUGGUGUUGGGGCAGGAGGCUAUUUCUGUAUAAAGAUGGAAUCGAAAUCUGGGAGCUGGAUGCUGCUGGGGACGAAUUCACCAUCCCCAGCGCCAGGUGGGAAGACGCAGGAGCCUACAGCUGCCGAUCCCACGCCCUAUGGGAGCCGCCCAACCGGUCGUACGUCAGUGACAUUGUGCGGAUCAUUGUUGCAGAGACCUACUACCCCAAACCCUCCAUCUCCCUGCGUCCCAGCGGGGGGGUCGCCCUGGGGGGAGCCGUGACCAUCUGGUGUCGGGGUCGGCGCCAGAACAUGAGGUUCCUUCUGUACAAAGAUGGAAACCCGACCGCGCUGCAGGACGCGGAGCCGACUGGGGAUGUGACUCAGUUUCCCAUCCGCGAUGUGAGCCGGAGGGACGCAGGGAGCUACAGCUGCUGUUAUCGCUCCAAAUCAGACCCGCCCGUCUGGUCGGAGCCCAGCGACCCUGUGGAGCUGGUGGUAGCAGAGCUCCCUGCGCCCGGACCCUCCAUCUCCGUCAGCCCCAGUGGGGUGAUCACCCCGGGGGGAGCUGUCACCAUCCGUUGUCAGUGUCGGUGCGAGGCCAGGAGAUUAUUUCUGUACAAAGAUGGAAUCGAAAUCCGGGAGCUGGAUGCUGCUGGGGAUGGGGGUGAAUUCACCAUCCCCAGAGCCAGAUGGGAGGACGCAGGGUUCUACAGCUGCCAGUCUCGCUCCAGAUCGGAGCCGCCCAACUGGUCGGAUCCCAGUGAUUUCGUGCGGAUUGUUGUAGCAGAGCCCAGAUACCCCAAACCUUCCAUCUCCCUGCACCCUAGCAGUGGGGUCGCCCUGGGGGGAGCCGUGACCGUCUGGUGUCGGGGUCGGCACCAGAACAUGAGGUUCCUUCUGCACAAAUUUGGAAACCCAAACGUGCUGCAGGACGUGGAGCCGGCUGGGAACGUGGCUGAGUUUCCCAUUCACAAUGUGAGCCGGAGAGACGCAGGGAGCUACCGCUGCUGUUAUUGCUCCAAAUCUGACCCGCCCGUCUGGUCGGAGCCCAGCGACCCCGUGGAUCUCGUGAUAGCAGAGGGAACCGACCCAGCGAGGCCCCAGGAGCCGCAUCCCCCCCCGACGGAGCCGGCGGGAGAAGCAGCCCCCCCCAGACGCCCGGAUUUCACCCGUACCAACAUCGCCCGCCUGGUGCUGAGCGCCGUGAUCCUGCUCGUCCUGGGGCUGAUCCUGGCCGAGGCCUAUUACAGCCGCCCAAGGGGGUGCCCUAGGAGCCUGGAUCUGGCUGUACAGAGAAGAGAAUCUCCCCAGGGAACGAGCUGCUUCCCCUCGGGGGGCUGA